AUGAGGGCGAAGCAGGACGAAGCAGGGCGAAGCAGGGCGAAGCAAGGCGAAGCGAAGCAGGGCGAAGCAGGGCGAAGCAGAAGCAAGGGCGAAGGAAAAGCAGGGCGAAAGGAAGCAGGGCGAAGCAGGGCGAAGCAGGACGAAGCAGGGCGAAGCAACGAAGCAGGGCGAAGCAGGGACGAAGCAGGGAAGCAGGCGAAGCGGGCGAAGCAGGGCGAAGCAGGGCGAAGCAGGGCGAAGCACGAACAGGGCGAAGCAGGGAAGCAGGACGAAGCAAGGGCGAAGCAGGACGAAAGCAGGGCGAAGCAGGACGAAGCAGGCGAGGGCGAAGCAACGAAGCAGGACGAAGCAGGGCGAAGCAGGACGAAGCAGGGAAGCAGGACGAAGCAGGCGAAGCAGGGCGAAGCAGGGCGAAGCAGGACGAAGCAGGACGAAGCAGGGCGAAGCAGGGCGAAAGCAGGGCGAAGCAGGGCGAAGCAGGGCGAAGCAGGAAGCAAGCAGGGCGAAGCAGGGCGAAGCAGGACGAAGCAGGGCGAAAGCAGGGGCGAAGCAGGGCGAAGCAGCAGGGCGAAGCAGGACGAAGCAGGGCAGGACGAAGCAGGGCGAAGCAGGGCGAAGCAGGGCGAAGCAGGGCGAAGCAGGGCGAAGCAGGGCGAAGCAGGGCGAAGCAGGAAGCCGAAGCCGAAGCAGGACGAAGCAGGGCGAAGCAGGGAAGCAGGGCGAGCAGGCGAAGCAAGCAGGGCGAAGCAAGGACGCAGGCGAAGCAGGGCGAAGCAGGACGAAGCAAGGCGAAGCAGGGCGAAGCAGGGCGAAGCAGGGCGAAGCAGGGGAAGCACAGGACGAAGCAGGGAAGGCGAAGCAGGGAAGCAGGGCGAAGCAGGAGAAGCAGGGCCGAAGCAGGGCGAAGCAGGACGAAGCGAAGGAAGCAGGACGAAGCAGGACGAAGCAAGCAGGAAAAGCAGGACGAAGCAGGACGAAGCAGGACGAAGCAGGGCGAAGCAGGACGAAGCGAAGCAGGGCAGGACGACGAAGCAGGACGAAGCAAGGCGAGGUGGAGGGGUCGUUCGCAAUAUGAGAUCCCACGAAACCGAAAAUGCAGAAGGAAUGGCUGAAGAGAUUUAUCGUGGUUGUGAAGAUCCUUUGUGGUUGAGAAUAUUCAUCAGAGUAAAGAAGAUUUACUCUGGUCGAGAAGAGGACUGA